AUGGAAAGACAAGUGGGGCAACUAGCUAAUCUAUCGUAUGAGAGGGUUCCGAGAAUUCUCCCUCCCGAUACUGAAAGAAAUCCAAAAGAGACUAUAAAUGCAGUAUCUUUUAGGAGUGGGCAUGUAUUGGAGGAUCCCAUGGCAAAACAAAAUGAUGAGCUGAUUGAAAGACAGGUGGAGAUUGUGGAGGAGCAAAAAAUGACAAUAUUCAAUAAGGUGGAUGAUGGUCUGAAGAAGCAUAGGAAAGGGAAGACUAGAGCUCAGAAGAAGAAGAAAGAUGAGAAUAAGCAGAGAAGAGAGAAGCUGGACAAACAAUUCGGGCGCUUUCUAGAAGUGCUCAUGCAGGUGCAUGUGAAUAUAACUUUCACAGAGGUGCUAUUACUGAUGCCAGCUUAUGCUAAAUUUCCUAAGGAGAUAUUGUACAAAAAGCGAAAAGCGGAAGACACAUUGGUUGUCAAGCUCACAGAGCAUUGUAGUGUCAUUAUGCAAAAUAAGCUCCCUCAAAAGUGGAGAAACAAGGAGUUUUACUAUACCUUGCUCUUUAGGAAGAAAUUGGAGGGAGAGAUUGGAGAAAUCAAGUCGAUACCUGUGUCCUUGCAGCUGGCGGAUCAAACCACAAUCAUACCUAAAAGAAUAGUGGAAGAAGAGAAUAGGGAGUUCCCUCUAAUUUUAGGAAGUCCCUUCUUCGCUACGAGUAGAGCAAUUCUGGACAUUCAGGAAAGGCAACUCAUGCUCAGAGUGGGGGAGGAAAGGGUGAUCUUCAAGAUUGAAGGUGCAAAGGGGGACCUAAAGGAGCAAUUGGAGAGAUUCUUUUUCAAGGGUUUUGCUUGA